AUGCCUGACUCUAGUCUGUCUUCCUAGAAACCCCAGCUGGUGGCCUGCAAUGACCGUUUCUGCCGCUUUCUCGAGGAAUAUUGCCCCGUUGUGACAGAAACUUACUAUCCCACAAUUUGGUGCUGGGAAGGUCGGGUGCAGACACUCCUGCGACCCUUUAUCACCUCCAGACCCCAAGUACAGUACAGGAAUGAGCUCAUUAAAACAGCAGAUGGAGGACAGAUUUCGUUGGAUUGGUUUGAUAAUAAUGACAGCUUAUAUUAUCCGGAUGCCAGCACAAGACCCACUGUCCUGUUAUUGCCUGGCCUGACAGGAACGAGCAAGGAAUCCUACAUUCUUCACAUGAUCCAUCAAAGCGAAACGCUGGGAUAUAGAUGUGUGGUUUUCAACAAUCGAGGAAUUGCCGGUGAGGAUCUUUUGACACCAAGGACUUACUGUGCAGCUAACACAGAGGAUUUAGAGACCGUUAUUCAUCACGUACACAACUUGCACCCCUCAGCUCCGUUCAUGGCAGCCGGUGUUUCUAUGGGAGGCAUGCUUCUUUUAAAUUACCUGGGCAAAACUGGCAGAGACACUCCUUUAAUGGCAGCUGCAAUUUUCUCUGCGGGUUGGAAUGUUUUUGAAUCUGUAGAAUCUCUGGAGAAGCCACUAAACUGGCUUCUUUUCAACUAUUACUUGACUACUUGUCUACAAUCCUCUAUCAGCAGGCAUCGACAAAUGUUGGAGAAAUUAUUUGAUAUGGAUCUUGUGAUGAAGGCUAGAACUGUUAGAGAAUUUGAUAAGCAGUUCACUUCAGUCAUGUUUGGCUAUCGUACAAUUGAUGAUUACUAUGAAGAUGCUAGCCCAUGUCGCAAGCUGAAGUCAGUAGGAAUUCCAGUGUUAUGUCUAAACUCUGUGGAUGAUGUUUUCUCACCAGGUCAUGCUAUACCAGUAGAAGCUGCCAAACAAAAUGCAAACGUUGCUUUGGUUCUGACUUCGUGCGGAGGCCACAUUGGUUUCCUGGAAGGACUUUGGCCGAGGAAGUGCACUUACAUGGACAGAGUCUUCAAGCAGUUUGUGCAAGCUGUGUUUGAGCAUGGAAACAAAAUCUUUAGCAUGUAGCCUUGGACCACUAUUACAGCACGGUGGCACGUUCUGACAAGGGCAGUUAAGCUUAAUGCACAAAUUUUAACUCCUGUAAGCCAGCAAAUGGAUAAAGUCCAUUACUACAUGCAAAAAUAUUUUUUUGCCUAAGAUUUUGUAGCAAGAAACUAAAUAUUAUGUUGUCACUUUUAUAUUUAUUUUUAAUAUGCCUUACUAAGAAUGACCUUAAAUGAAACAGCAUUCUGCAUACAUCAAACUGCACUUAACGAAAACCAUCAAGUAAACAGAGUAUAAUUCCUCAGGAUUUUAAUUUAAACCAGUACAUAUUUAGGAAGCUUAAUUUAGAUGGCUUUUAAUAUUAGAAUGGCAACACUCAAAGUAGCAUAUAUUAUCCCGUCACACUUAGUUAAGUACAAGGCGGCCCAUUCCUUAG